AUGCUCAAAAAGCUCGUAGAUUCAGAGAUGGGUGACGUCAUAAAGUUUCUCUUUGAGAUUGAGUCGGAGCCGUCCGUCACUAUUAUCCGUGAUAAACUAGCCGUCCUCGUCAAGGAUGGGUCACCUUCCAAGCAGCGUAGCCUCGCUCCGCCUCGUCAUCCACUCUGGAGCAUUCAAUACCCACUUCUUAAAGUUGCGCAAAAUCUAGAGCAACUUCGAGACGCCGAUGGGGCUUACAACCCCAUUCACAUGCUCCACAUUCGCUCUUUCUACGUCGCAAGACAAUACGUCGAAGCCAACUACAAAUUCCCCGUUGUUGGAGCUUUCAUCUCGCCAUCUCACGACACGUUUGUGCGUGUCAAGAAUCGCCGCAACACGCCUGAUAUGGUCACCAAAAGACACCGAUUGGCGUUGAUAGAGACAGCAGUGGCGUCGUCCUCGUGGAUCGAAGUGGACAAAUGGGAAAUCACUCGACGAAGAGUACUUGACUAUUUGAGUACACUAACUCAUAUAAGAGAAAUGUGUGAGUCACAUUUCCCUCAAUAUCGCUUCCACGUCAUGUACGUCUGCGGAUGCAACACGGUGGUUAAACUGAGUCACUCCGCUCUACGUGAUGAAGGCUUCGGUUGCAUUACCGUGUGUCGACCUGCACAAACGGAGAUGGUAAUUAAACAACUGGGAAAAACACUGGCGAAGACGACGACAAUUGUUGAGGAUAGUGGCGUGUUGCCGUACGAACUGGAAAGCGCAACAAGUUUCCAAAUGAUGGUAGGGAAGCCACUUUUCCACUAUUUAUUGAGGCACGAGAUUGGAGAGAAGAUCGCUGGCAAAGUGAGCUGGUCCGACGAAGACAAACAGUGGCGGCAACAAGACCUCACCUAUGUAGAAUAUGCCGAGAGUUAA